AUGACUGUUGACGUUGAAAUGGCUGAGGCCUCCACAGUUGUGGCCUCCAAGGUCCAGAACCCGCAGAAGGACGAAGAAGAAUCCACACCUUUGACAUUGGUGGAAGAGAUCGAACUGGCACUUGGAUCCUUACAAAAAGCUGCGGCCAAUUUUGACAAUCGUUACGUGUCAAAAGUGCACCGUGAUUUGGGUGGGAUCAGACGUAAAGUCGCCAAAGAUCCAGCGUCGUUGGCCCAAGUCAUUGCCAAACUGCUUCCUGUGGAGUUCCCUUCCAGAAAAAACCUCUUGGACCAGUUGCCUCUGCCACUGGAUCAAGCCGAACCCCCAGCAGCAUCUACAGAUGUGCUUCCAGAGAUAAAUGUGUUUUUCCAUUUGCUUGUACAGCUUUUCCUUCUUGAUACGCACGACUUGGAUAGGUUGGACAACUUCAACAAGCUGGUGAUUGUCUUAUUGGCCUCUUACAAUAGAAGAACUUUGGACUUUGCUCUGGCAAAGGUGUGGUUUUACAUUGCCAGAACACACGAGUUACGUGGCGACUUGUACUCGGUGCGCCCGGCUCUUUUGGCGGCUUUACGAACAGCCACAUUGAGACACGAUGAUGAGACCACCGCCAUGGUGAUCAACUUAUUAUUACGAAACUACUUGCUCACGCACGAAAUUAACCAGGCCUCCAACUUGUGUGAGAAGGUGGUGUUCCCAAGUAACGCUUCCAAUGCACUUGCGGCUAGAUAUUAUUACUAUUUGUCAAGAAUCAACACCAUCCAGUUGGAUUACUCGCAGGCGCAUGAAUGUGUUGUUGCUGCCAUAAGAAAGGCCCCACAAACGCAAUUGGCUGCUGGCUUCCUUCAAGCGGCCACAAGAUUGAACAUCAUCAUAGAGUUGUUGAUGGGUGACAUUCCAGAAUUGAAAGUAUUCAAAUCUACUAGUGGGAACCUUGAACCAUACUUGCAGGUGACCAAGGCGGUACGUCUCGGAGAUUUAAAGCUUUUCGAGGAAGUGUUGAACAAGUAUGAAGCCGUGUUUGUCAAGGACGACAACUUCACUUUGGUGUCCAGGUUACGUCAGAAUGUCAUCAAAACAGGCAUCAGAAUCAUUUCUCUUUCUUACUCGAAGAUCUCCUUGAAGGAUAUUUGUAUCAAAUUGCACCUAGACUCUGAAGAGGCCACAGAGUACAUAGUUUCCAAGGCAAUCAGAGAUGGUGUCAUUGAAGCCAGCCUCAAUCAUGAGCAGAGCUACAUGAAGUCCAAAGAGUUGUUGGAUGUCUACUCAACGAAAUUGCCCCAGGAGGAUUUUGAUCAGAGAAUUCGCUUCUGCUUGUCCUUGCAUAACGAUUCGGUGAAGGCAAUGAGAUACCCAUCUGACGAUAGCAAGACCGAGUUGGCUAAGAACAACUUGGAGUCGAGAGAUGACGAGAUGGGACUAUUACAAGCCAUUGAGGAUGGAGACUUGGACGACUUCAUGGAGUAA